AAGCAGUUGAGGUUAGAGGUCAAAGGUUUCUUGGAGGAGUUGCUAACGUGCUAACUUUGACUAGGAGCUGUUUAAGUGUCCAAAAGCUUAAAAUGGCAGAUGAUCAAGGAGAUGAAGUACCUACCCUGCCUUGUAUCUUAGUCACAAGUUGUGAUUCCAGCUUUAAAGAAGAGGAGCUCAUCAGACAGAUCUUGGGCUCAGAAUCACUACCUCAAGCUACCAAGAUAGAGGAAAGGGUUUCUUGGUAUCCAUGGACAAUCAACAACAAAUACUACACAGCAAAUGUCAGCUUAUGUGUUGUUUCAAGCCCAUUCGACAUGAAUACAGAGGUUGCCAGGUCUAUGCAAGCAUUCAUCGUUUACUUUGACAGCAAAACUAAAAACACCCUCAACAGUGUCAACUCCUGGUUACCUGUAGUGGAGGACUUGGCUCCAGAAGUGCUGAUCCUAGUGUGUGACCAUGCGUGUGACAGUGGUGUUAGUAAACAGGAGGCCCAGCAGUGGUGUCUGGCUCACGCUUUUGAAUUAGUAGAGCUCAACCCUCAAGAUCUACCUGAUGAAGAUGAUGACUUCCCAGAGUCUACUGGAGUAAAAAGAAUUGUUCAGGCCCUCAAUGCCAACGUGUGGUCCAGCGUUGAGAUGAAAGAUGAACACAAUCAGGGAUUUGGGCUUAUGAGCAGCCUGGUGGCAUCUCGUCACAACAACCCACGACCCAGUCAAGAGACACUGUCCUCUGUUUCCCCAUCCAACAGUACAGAUGAAGGCAUUGAGAGCCAGAGAGCAGAGGAUAACCAGAAUAUUGCAGUAGAUACAGCAGUCGAUCCCAUGAUUGACAUAGACAUACAAGAGUUGGCUAAUCUAACAGCUGGAGAUGCAGAUGUGGAGAAUUUUGAGCGACUUUUUACAAAAUUGAAAGAGAUGAAAGACAAGGCCUCUUCGCUGCCACAUGAACAGAGGAAAGUCCAUGCAGAAAAGGUCGCUAAAGCGUUCUGGAUGGCUAUUGGUGGAGACCAAGAUGAGAUUGACAGCUUGUCAUCAGGAGAGGAGAGUUAAGGCCCCAGCUUCCACUGUUGCUACUCAGCCCACCCUCUGAACCCCAAGUCAUCCCAAAUCUGUCCAGCCCAAGACACAUGGAAGAAAUGCAGGCAUGUCAGUGUCCAGCACCUCAAUCAGGCAGUACAGAGUGAUUAUGGGCUUUUGGCUUCAAACAUUGGAAUCACAGAGCCAUGGGAUGGGUUGCUGGGGGCAAGAUUGUUAUUUUGCCUGUUCUCUGGUGGUGUCAGUGCAAGUCUGCAGCCACAUACAAGGAUGAAGCCUAUGGCUCUGUCAAAAGAGUUGUAAAUCAAAUGAUGGAUGAGCUGACAAAAGUGGAUUGUUUUUAAACUUAUUUUUCCGAUGCAAGUCACAAUUACGGACUAUGCCUGUGCAUGUCAUUAGCUCUUCAUCAAUUAAAAGAACGAUCUGUCGAAUGA